AUGGAUGUGGAGCAGAAGUCAGGAACGAUGUCACUGAGGUUGCGUCCUUUCGGAAGGAGUGAGUUGUUUGCAAAUGAUUAUUUUUUAUCAUUACAGAAUUCUUGGGCUAGUCCAAAUGGAGAUUUCAGGUCAAGCCAACCACAAAGUCCAAAAUCACCAGUUAGUCCAAUGAACCCUUGGUCCAGUAACAACAAUGUUAUGCCAGGAAAGUUCAAACAAAGAAGAGGAAGCUCUUUUGAAGACAGUGUUGAUGUUCCCCCUUUGACUCCUAAAGAAGAGAGUGGUGGAUUAACUGAGGAGCCAGUUUUCAUAACCCAUGUGGAGAGUCCUGUUAGAUUUUGGGCACAGGCAGUGGAAGCUGAGACAGCUCACGUGAUUGAGAAGAUGACCAGUGACCUUCAGAUUUACUGUAGAAACAAGCCUUUGUUACAAUCCACGCCACAUAUUGGCAAGAUUUAUGGUGGAGUUUACCUGGAGGAUCAACAGUGGUAUCGCUGCCGGGUCAAGGAGCUUAUUGAAGAUGAUAAGGUAUCAUAUUCUGUUUACCAUAAAAAGCAAAAGAUAACUUGUAAUUUGUCUACAUUGAUCAAAAGGGCUCAGUUGCCUUUGAUCUUCUUUAAUUAA